CACGCGGUCUUAUAUUUCCUUUUUCUGAUGGAGGGAUUUUCAAAAGGUCUAACAGCUGUGAUACAAACACAGAAGACUGUGAUGGCAAAAGUAGGAGAAGAUGUCCCUUUGAGCUGUCGGCUCAUGCAGACUAAAGAUGUUCUUCAGGUCACCUGGCAGAAACUUCUACCAGAGGGGAAGAAGAAUUGUGCCACCUACAGCGAACACUUUGGGGAAACAGUGAAUCCUGGUUUUCAGGGGAAAGUGGAGUUUAAAGAUGCUGGACUUCAGAACUGCUCCAUAGUUAUCAGGAAGGCGAUGGAGAAGGAUGAAGCCUGCUAUUACUGUUUGUUCAACACAUUUCCUGAUGGUUCUCUGACAGGCAUAACCUGCCUCCAACUCUAUGAGCUGCAUGAACCCAUUCUACAAAUCAGAGAAUCAAACUCUACUGAAGAGACAGUGGUGUCCUGCUCGGCCACAGGUCGUCCUGCUCCCACAGUAACUCUGAAUGUCCCACAACAAGGUCUCUACUUCUCUAACAGCAGCACGGUCAGUGUCACCAACACCAACAGCACAGUCACCGUCACCACGACAGCUCUGCUGUCUGGUUUCCAUGGAAAGGACACACAAGUUGGAUGUGCGGCAGGACUGCUCUCAGUCCCUGAAAUGCAGGUGUUUAAGAUGAUUCCUGCAGUCAAACGAUCGUCUGAUGAUGGUUUGAACGGGAAAUCUGGAUCUGAUGAGAAUCUCACUUUGAUCGUUGCAUUGUCUGUACUAGUGGCCAUUGUUUUGGUUGCUGCUAUAGUCGUUGCUGUUCUACUCCAACAUAAACAUAAGAACAGGGAUGCUGAGAAGAACAAUACGCCACACAAACCAACCAAAGACACUUAUGAGAGCGAAACAGCUUUAAUGAAGCAGGAGAACGAACACAUCAGGAAACGAACACCUGUGAAGGAAAAUCCAAAAGAGGAGAAACCAGAACCAUCAUCUCGUACAGUUAGAAGACUAUGUGACUCUUUAUAGACGGACUUGAGCAAAGCUGAAAGCAUGCAUUGAUAAAAUGUGCUUUGUAAAAAAAAUCAAAAGGUGAUGUGCUUAUCUUAAGACGGAAAAGAUGAA